AUGAAUUUCUACGAGGACGAAGGCAUCGAACAGCAGACUACCGUCUCGUAUGCGCAUCAGACCAACGGCACUGCAGAACGUGCUAUUCGGACUAUCGUCACGAUCGGGCGCAGCUUGCUGCAUCAUGCGAAGCUAGACAAGACUUUCUGGGCUGAAGCGGCUAUGACAGCUAUCUACAUCAAGAAUCGUCUGCCGUCGCCCAAAAUCAUCCACAAGACUCCAUUCGAGAUUAUUUGCAGCUUCAAGCCGAGUGUCAAGAACAUGCGUGUAUUUGGAUGCCAAGCAUACAUCCUGACACCAAGAGAGAAAAGGCUCAAGUGGGACUCGAAAGCUCGUGUCGGAAUAUUCAUGGGCUACGAAGAAGCGUCGAAGGCUUACCGAGUGUACGACAUUGAGGCAGGGCAAGUGAUCAGUCGUGACAUCACCUUCGACGAACAAGCCUUUGGAUUUACGAUGGACCGAUUAAGUGAGGAUGUCGAUGAUGCUGUGUUAAAUCUCGAUCUUCUCGAGAUCAACAAUGACGACGUGCGCCAGAUCACCUAUAAACAAACCGGGAAGCGCAAGAAUCAGUCAAGGAAGAACAUGUCGCGCUCCGCCCGCCGUCGAACAGGGUUGGAAGAAGCAAGUGCACCAGAAAAUUCUACUGAUCGUCACCAGAAACAGCGAUCAAUGGCUCGAGAAACGUUGAGCGACGAUGAAGAAGAAAAGCAAGCAGACAUUGGCGAUCAAGACAACUGCUCAACGCCACCAACUUUUUGGCGUGCAAGUGCCAACGCAGUGGAAGCAACGGACCUGGCCGAACCAGCGACUUUCCAAGACGCGAUUAACGGUUCAGACCAAGUUCACUGGCGUAAUUCUAUUGAGACUGAGCUCAAGUCAAUGCGUCUUCGCGGAGUAUUUCGAGCGGCAAAACUGCCAAGUGUUCAAGGCGCUAUCGGUACCAAAUGGGUAUUUAAUAUCAAGCGCAAAGCAGAUGGAUCCGUCGAGAAGUACAAGGCGCGCCUCGUUGCCAAAGGGUUCAAGCAGAAGUAUGGCAUCGACUACACGGAGACGUUCUCGCCGGUGGUCAAGUACGUGACUCUGCGCAUGGUCAUUGCUAUCACCAAGUACUUCGGCUGGCCUUUUGACCAACUUGACGUGGUGGCAGCAUUUCUUUAUUGUAACGGGGCCAGAACGUACCGUCACUAA